AUGGGCCCCUAUAUACCGCCUCCUCAUGCUGCUGCCAGGCUCGUAAUCUGUCAUGCGCCCCUGUACCGCCUCCUCAUGCUGCUGCCAGUCCAGAGUGUGUCAUGGGCCCCCGUACCGACUCCAAAUGCUGCUGCCAGGCCCGUAAUCUGUCAUGGGCCCCUGUACCGCCUCCCCCAUGCUGCUGCCACGUCCAGAUGUGUCAUGGGUCCCUGUACGGCCUCCCAUUGCUGCUGCCAGGCCUGUAAUCUGCCAUGGGCCCCCGUACCGACUCCUCAUGCUGCUGCCAGGCCCGUAAUCUGCCAUGGGCCCCUGUACCGCCUCCUCAUGCUGCUGCCAGGUCCAGAGUGUCUCAUGGGUCCCUGUACGGCCUCCCAUUGCUGCUGUCUCUAUCGCCACACUCUGCCAUGUGCCACUUUCAGGUCUCCUCACACUGCUGGUGGUUUCCAUUUUUGUCAUAGGGUGCUG